GGUUCACUCUCUUUGACCUGGACCAUGAGCAAUGACUCGCCUGUACUGACAAGCCUGACGGAGAACUCCACCGUAAGUACUGCAGCUCUCUACCUCCUAUCCUCUCUCCAUCCAUCUUGUGCUCUCCUACUCUUUCUAUAAUCUCUCCGCCUUCUCUUCAUCCAUCUCUCUCUAUGCUUUCUUCAUCCUCUCUCCUCCCUCUUUUCUCACACUUCUCCCUCUCUCUUUCUCUCCCCACAAUCUCCAUUCGGUCUCCUCCCUCCAUCCUCUCUCUCCAUCCUGUUUAUUCUCUCCAUUGAGCCAGUCUUUUGGGCUGCCUCUUUGUGACCGUAUCCCAGAAGCAGACAUUGGGUUCAGUGACUGGCUGCAGACUGUCAUGUUAGAUUAGUCCAGUGGGUUUCAAUGGGUUAGUAAUAUGGUCUGCAGGUAGCCGGCCAGGGAUUUAGCUGCUCCCACGAUUGAUUGUGUUGUUCUUACUGUUGGGCUGAGUUUGUAAAAACAGCAGAUUGCAUUACACUACAGUCACUCUGGCAGUGGAGAAUGUGUGUGUGUGGGUCACAGUGUAUGUGUGUGUGUGUGUGUGUGUGUGUGUGUGUGUGUGUGUGUGUAUGAUGUUUCCUGUAAUGAUAACUGAGACCCAGCAGGUAAUCGUGCUGCCUGUGAGGCUUUCCCUGAAGGACCUAGCCUGGCGGGUAGGAGCGUUGGGCCAAUAACCAAAGGUUGCUGGAUCAAAUCCCUGAGCCGACAAGGUAGAAAUCUGUCGUGCUGCCCCUGAGCAAGGCAGCUAACCCCCAACAACUGCUCCCCGAGCGCCAAUGAUGUUGAUUAAGGUAGCCCCCCGCACCUCUCUUAUUCAGAGGGGUUGGGUUAAAUGCAGAAGACGCAUUCAGUUGUGCAACUGACUAGGUAUCCUCCUUUCCCUGUUACUACGCCGUAACACACUGUACUCAUCCCUACCUCACUGUGUAGACCUACACACACUCUUUACAUGAGUCCCCUUCCUGCUGAACCUAUAUACUAAUGGAUGAACCCUGUGUGAUAGGUUAUUCAUUAAUACACAUCUGUAGCCCAGUACGUGACAGGAAGAGGAUGAAGACAGAGGAAAAAUGAAUACGCUGAUGAUCAUUUAUUUAAAUGUAAAACAAUAGGCCCGCUAUUCUUUUUGUUUCAUUAGCGAAUCUAGCGAUGCUUUGAUCCGAGGCCUGGUUAUGCUAGCAGCUAACCUGACACCAGCUGUUUUGAUUCUCAGAAGGGCAUUCAAUUGGAAACCAUGGCUCCCUCUCCCUCCCAGUCAUUCCUCGUAGAAUAACCGCUCAGUUGCUGGAUUGUGUGUGUGAUUGGAGUUAACAGGUUGACAAUGUUUGAUUGAUGGGUGGCGUUCUGGAACUUUCCCCAGAAGCUCAUUCCGAGGGUUCCAAACUCCUCUGAGGGAAAUGCAGAGUUGCAGACUAGAGGGUGGAUUUUACUCAGAUCAUUCCCCUAUCUCUACAUGAUUUCUUCUCUGGCUGUCUCUCACUCUUCUGUCUCACUCUCUCCAUCUCUCUCCAUAUCUUUCUCUCUUUCUCUCUCUCUCUCUCUCUCUCCCCCCAGUAAUACUGUGUGGAAUUUCUAGGUUGACCUUGUUGUUCCCUCAGUCAAGGUUAUGAAGCAAGUAGACUCUUGUGAUCUAGAGGGCUUCCCCAUCCAUAGUAUGGAGUGUUCUGUCUUUCACCCAAUUACCAAAUCUUAGCAUGACUCAUAGCACAUUUGAUAUCACAGCCAAUCCAUUACUGUCCUCUCUGUCUUAAUCAUAGCGUAAUUAGAGUAGAGGGGUGUGUUAACUGAUAUUCAAUAUAGAACUGCUUCGUCAUUGGCUUUUAAUGGCCCUCCAUUAUCAGAAUCAGUCGAUAAUAUAACAUAAGCAGGUUCUCACUGCUUACGACAGUCUGACUGCAUCCUCCUGAUGAUGCCACUCUGUCGCCCCUCCUCUCUCCUCCUCUCUCUCCUCUCCUCCUCUCACCCUCUCUCCUCCUCUCUACCGCUCUCCUCCUCUCCCCCUCUCUCCUCCUCUCUUCUCCUCUCUCCCUCUCUCCUCCUCUCUCCUCUACCCCUCUCUCCUCCUCUCCCCCUCUCCUCCUCUCUCCUCCGCUCUUCUCCUCUCUCCUCCACUCUCCUCCUCAUCUCCCCUCUCUCCUCCACUCUCCCCCUCUCCUCCUCUCUCCUCCGCUCUCCUCCUCUCUCCUCCUCUCUCCCUCUCUCUCCUCCUCUCUCCUCCUCUCCCCUCUCUCUCUCUCCCCUCUCUCCUCUCCCCCUCUUUCUUCCUCUCCUCCCCCAUCUUCCCUCCUUUUCUCCUCCCAUCUCCAUUUUUAGCCUGCUGAGGCCUAAUUUUCUCCUCAGUCAGAUGAGCAGGGAAAUUGAAUUAAGGGUCUCAUUGACGUUUCGAUUAUAAUCCAGAGGAUCACUUAGGGAAGACAGAGCAUGUUAAUCACAAAGCACAGAGAAUAUUACUGUGUGUGUACGUGUGUGGCUUACAACAUCUCUCUGAAUCAACGCGACUCCUUAUUAAAUAUUACACUGCUGAGCUGACACUGUAAUGGGACAAAAAUAUAGACUUCAAAAGGAAAAUAAUAUUUAUUCCCAGCAGCACUACUCAUGUAGCUAAGAUGUUAGCUUGGCACAAUAGAUAACCGCAUUCACACAAACAUGGUGUGAAAACAUAAUGCAUUUCUGAAGAAUAAUGUACUGCAGGCUAUCUAUUCAAUCAUUGAUUUACAAUACAAUACAUUAUGACGCACAACAAUAAUACAAACAAUAGAUUGCAAGGCAAAACCCCUUCAUGUGAUACAAAGUAUGUAAUACAAUAGAUUUUCUAUCAUAUUUCUGUCACCUAUCCAGUCAUUUCAGAUCUGUGAACACUGAAAGUGUUAACCACCAGGGUAAGCUGCUAGGCUAAAUAAAACCUGAAGAGUCUUACCCAGUUUCUCCAGAUAGAAGUUCCCUUAACCAAAUAUCUAUUUGGGAAACUUCUACUGACUCCCGUUGGUUCAAAGGGGUAGUGUCUAGGGUAAGGUACUAAGAGCGGAAAUGGUACUAGGUCUCUGACCCUCUGUAUAGGAGGUGCCACUGUCGGCAGGGUGGGAGGCCUCUGACCCUUAUGGUCCCUCCCUCUAUACAGGAGGUGCCACUGUCGGCAGGGUGGGAGGCCUCUGACCCUUAUGGUCCCUCCCUCUAUACAGGAGGUGCCACUGUCGGCAGGGUGGGAGGCCUCUGACCCUUAUGGUCCCUCCCUCUAUACAGGAGGUGCCACUGUCGGCAGGGUGGGAGGCCUCUGACCCUUAUGGUCCCUCCCUCUAUACAGGAGGUGCCAGUGUCGGCAGGGUGGGAGGCCUCUGACCCUUAUGGUCCCUCCCUCUAUACAGGAGGUGCCACUGUCGGCAGGGUGGGAGGCCUCUGACCCUUAUGGUCCCUCCCUCUAUACAGGAGGUGCCAGUGUCGGCAGGGUGGGAGGCCUCUGACCCUUAUGGUCCCUCCCUCUAUACAGGAGGUGCCACUGUCGGCAGGGUGGGAGGCCUCUGACCCUUAUGGUCCCUCCCUCUAUACAGGAGGUGCCACUGUCGGCAGGGUGGGAGGCCUCUGACCCUUAUGGUCCCUCCCUCUAUACAGGAGGUGCCACUGUCGGCAGGGUGGGAGGCCUCUGACCCUUAUGGUCCCUCCCUCUGUAUAGGAGGUGCCACUGUCGGCAGGGUGGGAGGCCUCUGACCCUUAUGGUCCCUCCCUCUAUACAGGAGGUGCCAGUGUCGGCAGGGUGGGAGGCCUCUGACCCUUAUGGUCCCUCCCUCUAUACAGGAGGUGCCACUGUCGGCAGGGUGGGAGGCCUCUGACCCUUAUGGUCCCUCCCUCUAUACAGGAGGUGCCAGUGUCGGCAGGGUGGGAGGCCUCUGACCCUUAUGGUCCCUCCCUCUAUACAGGAGGUGCCAGUGUCGGCAGGGUGGGAGGCCUCUGACCCUUAUGGUCCCUCCCUCUAUACAGGAGGUGCCAGUGUCGGCAGGGCGGGUGGAGAACUAUGUGCUCCUGCUGGUCCUGCUGUGUGUGCUCGCUGGAGGCUCCCUGAUCCUUUUGUCCGUGCUGCUGCUGUUCUGUCACCGCUGCUGUGUGGGCGGCCGCCGCUACUCCAGGUAACACCUCUACAGUAACCACACCUACAGUAUUAUAGAUCAUGUCCCUGGUUCUAACUCUGAUUAAGCGUAUUAUGUAUAAACAGAACUGUGGCACGUCUGCAUAGAGGGAUUAGGAGACACAGUGUUGAAGUGAUUAUGAUAGAAAUGGAUUACUGCUCAGUGAAAUAAAAAUGAGCAUUAAAUCUUUGAUGCCUGGAGACAGUUCUAUUUUUGACCACAAAGGGCAAAGAGACAGUACAAAUAACACUCUCUUUCUCCCUCUCUCAUCCCUCUCUUCUCCCUCUCUCCUCCCUCUCUCCUCUCUCCUCCCUCUCUCUUCUCCCUCUCUUUCUGUCCUCUGUGUGCAGGGCCAGUGAUGAUCCAGAGAAGACUAAUACCACCUAUGUGGAGGAUUCACAGCCCACACAAGGUAAGGAGGAUUCACAGCCCACACAAGGUAAGGAGGAUGUACAUUCUACUUCAGUUUAGUCGCAGAAUAUUUGUAUUAAAACCAUAGAAACUGACACUUCCUCCUUUAAUUUUUUCCUCUCCUCUCCUCUCCUCUCCUCUCCUCUCCUCUCCUCUCCUCUCCUCUCCUCUCCUCUCCUCUCCUCUCCUCUCCUCUCCUCUCCUCUCCUCUCCUCUCCUCUCCUCUCCUCUCCUCUCCUCUCCUCUCCCCUCCCCUCUCUCCAGACAUCACUAUCAGGCUAGAUGAGUCAGAUGCACUCUCGGCGUCUUGCUGCCAUGAUGAAGAGACAGACAGGUUCAUGUCCACUUGCGCUACUGGCCGCCGGGUCUCCUUCAAUGAGUCAGCUCUUUACGAAAAGGAGAGCAAGACUCAGGACAAAGGACGCAGGUACAGGGCAAUGUUAUUCACAAAAUGGCUGCCGUGUAUCACUCAGGUUGAUGUUGCAACACAAGCACAGAUUGGUGGUGGAAGUGGAGCGUCGUCUCCAUACAAUAUUAAGUCCUUUGAAGCAAGGUCUCCUUGAAAAACAAUCUCUUUAUCUCAAUGGAAACUCACGACUGAAUUAAAAUUAGAUACCAUUUCCUUCCUCUCCUCCUACUCAGGUACACCCUCACAGAAGGAGACUUCCAUCACCUGAAGAAGGCCCGUCUGACCCACCUCCCCCUGGCCCCCCCCCCCCUCCACCCUGAAAAUCCUCACCAUCAUGGAGUGUGAGUCUACAGAGAGCAGCAGCCUCAACGUCAACGAACCGCCCGCUCCCAAACUCCCCCUCUAUCCCCUCUACCAGGUAAACCUUCACAUUUUACAUUUAGCAUGAUUACUUUUCCAUGGUAAAAAAAACAUAGCAUUUAUUGGUUAGGUGCAUUAAAACUUCAGGUGUCUGGGAAGGUAGAUAAAUAUCUAGCUGACUCAACUACUCAACCAGAGGUUGUUGGUAGGAUGGUGGGAGGAUCUAUAGGAAGACUCAUUGUAAUGGCUGGAAGGGAAUCGAUGGAACGGAGUCAAUAUGUUUGAUGUGUUUGAUACCUGUUCCAUUUAUUCCAUUCCAACCAUUACAAUGAGCCUGUCCUCCUAUAGGUCCUCCCACCAGCCUCCUCUGUACUCAACAUACAACACAACCUUGGCAUUGCUUUUCCCUGAUCAUCCUAACUUGAGCUGGUGUUUUGUCUAGUCUUCUGAGAGGUCUGCGCCUGCCUGGUUGGGCCAAAGCUCUAGUAAUACCCUCCCUGGAGACAUCCACCACAACAUCCUGCUGGACUCCAGACUCAGCCACAGUCCACCAAUCCCGUGCCCCCCGACCCCCCGCUCCAGAACCGUGAGUGUUAUACAUUACUUUAUACACACGCUACUACAGACUCUGAUGAAGUGGUAACGCUCUCGAUUUCGCACCACGCAUGCCCCUUGGUGAAGGGGGUUCGAGCCCCCACUUGACUGUCCUUAAAAUCCUUUCUGUGAACUUCUCUAUAUGUACAUUAUCUCUACAUCUACAUUAUCUACCGAUCUCUACUUAUACUCUAUCUGCUUUGACAGACGGAUGCCGUAGGGGACGGGGCGUGGGUCAGGAUGGAAGGAGAGGGAGAGAUGAGAGGAGUGAGGGGAAAGUCUCCGGCCCCCGGACACCAGGGUUCCGUUCUGCAGUUCUUCUGCAAACUGAGACGGCAUGCCAGCUUGGAGGGGGCGGGGCCUUACUUCAGGAAGUGGAAGUUUGACAGCAGCCAUCGUGCCGCCAGUCUAGAUGCCAAAGGUGAGAGGUCAUGUAGCGAGGCUAGAGGCAUGUGUCUGGUUUUAUUAAGUUAAACCUUUUGGACUAUUAUGAAAUUUAAAGGUCAUUUCCAAUUGAGCCGACAUAUGCAGCGUUUACCGUGAAUGCAGUCUCCGCAAAUGCGGAAACAUUGCCUUUAAAUGUCAGUGGCACCAUAACGCUGAUCUUCUGCGCUACUGAUUGAAUCGAGCCCUGAACUUCUUAUGGCUGAAAAUAUAGAAGAGAGUAAUAACACUGUGUGUGUGUUUGUGUGUGUGUGUUUCCCCCAGGCUCUCCUAAGAGGCGUCCGUUCCAGAGACAGAGAGCAGCCAGUGAUAACGCAGACCCAACUGAAGAGGAUUCACCCCCUCUCCCUUUCCGCUGUGACAUCAUCCAGCCCCUCCCACACACACACAGCCAGAGCAACGGCCUCCAGCGUCUCUCUGCAGGGUCGCUAUCGCCCCCCACCUGCCCACCCUCACCCUGUCUCAGCAGGUACCAUUCACACACUAACUUCUAACAAACAGUAUUAUAUUUAUAUCGGUUAUAGGGGUACCUAUUGAAUCUGAAUACAUCAUGUGAUCAAUUCCGUAACUUAACUACUUUUGAUAAGUGCAGUGUGUGAAGACAGAUGAUAGACAGGCAGGUGAUAAAUAAAACAUGUAGGUGUUGUUUGAUGGUGAAUCUACCUGACGUCUGUCUCUGUCUCUCUGUUUCUGUCUGUGUCUCUUACUCUCUGUUUCUGUCUCUCUGUCUCUCUCUCUUUGUCUGUCUGUCUGUCUGUCUGUCUGUCUGUCUGUCUGUCUGUCUGUCUGUCUGUCUGUCUGUCUCUCUUUGUCUCUCUCUCUUUGUCUCUCUCUCUUUGUCUCUCUCGCUCUCUCUCUGUCUCUCUGCAGGUUAGAGGUGGAGGCGGUGGUGGAGGCUGCCAGCAGCAGCAGCAGCAGGACAGAGAGAAACGUGACUCACCCACCAUCAGAGCCCCCUGAGACCCAAGAGAGAGAGCAGGAGCCUGGGGAGGAAGCGACAGGAACAGGGACAGGCUUAUGGAGAGAAGAAGCUGGGGCAGUGACAAGAACAGAAGCAGGAGAGGAGGUCAAUGUAUGGGUUGGGCCAGGAGAAGAGUCAGAUGAAGAGGAAGAGGCAGAUAUUUUAGGGACAGAACAAAGGGUGGGUAUGGGAUCAGAGAUAAUGGAAUGUCUGUGUGCAGACCAAGCUCAGGAGGGAGGAGAUUGUUUCCAGGCAGAACUAGGAGCUGAGGCAAGGAUAAGGGCAAGGACUGCGGAUGGGUUGGGGGACACUCCAAAGACAGAAGCAGGGGUGGGGGUAAGAGCCAAGACAGGGGUAGGGGCUAUUCUGGGAACAGAAAGAGAGCCCGAGACAGCAGUCAGGCUUGAGUCAACGAUAGAGGUGGGGGAAACACCAGGGGCAGAAUUAGAAGUUGAGGCAGGGCUAGGGACAUCAGGGGUAAGGAUAAAGGCAGAUUCAGGAUCAGGGUUAGAAGGGGUGCUAGGUGCUGGAGCAGGGCCAGGGAUAUGGGAAGAUCCAGGGCCUCGAUCAAGGUCUGGGUCUGGGGUGUGUAUCAGUCGACAGGAGAGCGCUGAGACCCAGCCCUCUCUGUACAGAGACAUCUGGAGCCUGCGAGCCUCUCUGGAGCAGUAUGCCUCCUCGGAUCAGAGCAGUACGGACAGGGAGUCCAUACGCAGCGACGCCGACAGCGUGUGUUCGCUAGGAGGCGCCGCAGCCCGGUCCAGCUUCACCGCCUGCCUCUCCCAGGACCUUGGUGACGAACUGGAGGGAGAAUGGGAGUAUGGGGACACGGGAAGGGAGGGGGGAGACAGGGGACAGAGGGAGACAGAGGGGGAGGCGGAAUACAGGGACACUGGAAAAAAGAUUGGGCACAGGGGGGUCCAGAGGAGAGAUAGUGAGGGAGGAGGAGGAGAAGGGGGAACCGGGGGAACCGGGGAAACCGGGGGAGGAGGAGGGGAGGCGGGCAGCCGGAAGCUCCUACAGAUGGACAGCGGGUACACGUCCAUUGAGGCUCCGAUGCGGGCCACUGAGGAGCUGAGGCUGUUCGGGGCCCAUGGAGGCCCCCGGGGAAAGACGGCGUCGGAGAGAAGGCUGUUCUUCACCAGCUCUGGGAGGAAGGGCACCGUGUGUGAGAGCUUAGAGGCCAAGGUGUUCCAGGAGGAGCUGGAGGAUGAGAUGGGAAAGAAUACUGAGGGGGAAGAGAAACCUGUAAAGAGGUCCCCAAGGUCCCCUAAUGGAGGAAAGACGCUUAUCCUCAAAGAACCACCACAAUCGGUAUCACCGCUAAAAUCGCUACAAUUGCAACAACCGCCGCUACAGUCACCCCAACCCCAAGCCAUGCCCUCGCCACGGCCCGUACGCCUACGUCGGCGUGACUACAGCAUUGACGAGAAGACGGACGCACUGUUCAACGAGUUCCUGCGUCACGAUCCCCGCUUCGACCAGCAGGAGUCGCCACUGCGCUCCCGGCACCGCUCGCGCAUCCACCUUCGCAAGCAGUGGCAGCGCCACAAGCAGUACAGCGACCCAGGGUCUGGUGCUGGGGGGCGCUAUUCGCCCUCUCUGGAGAGGCAGAGUUUCAGACCCUUACGGAGGGGCGACAGUGCGGGAUACCCUCUAGAUACACGCUACCAUAGCACGCUGUCUCGUAUAGCCAGCGCAGCCGACGAGGAGGCCAGUGAGGGGGCAGCUGGCGAGGGAGCAACCAAUGAGGGUGCGGCCUGUGAGGGUGCGGUGCAUGAGAGCACAGACGUUAAGGAGUCAACCAAUAAGGGCACAGGGAAUGAGACUGUAGCCAAUCAGGACACAGCUAGUCGGUCAUCUGACGUACUGAGGGCUGAGGCCAGUGGGAUGGACCCGAGGGUAGACAAUUACAACAACAACAGUAGCCAAGCUUUGACUCUAGCAGAGAGUUACUCCUCUGCCUCCACACAGAACCCCCCUGUGGCUCUCCCUAAGUCCCUGAAAGACUCCCUCAUAGAUCCCCCUAUUCUCCACAUUGAGGACCCUGAAUCCUCAGGCUUAAAUCCCCAUCCUCAGCCCCAGGCUCCAUCCCCUCGCCUGUCUGAUAAGCUUUCUGUGACCAUGGAGGACAGGCUCUACACUGGAUUGUGGAGGACAGGGCAGGGUCAGGGAGGACCAGAGUAUGUGGUGGGAGCCAUCUCCCUCUCCUCUUCCCCUGAGCCCUCCAGCCCUGUGUAG